GAAUAUUGCCUGACAUAAAAAAACGAAUAAUGGAAAAUAGAGAAAUCGAGGAUUCUAAUAAACUAAAUAAUGCAAUAAAAUAACAUAAAUCUACAGCAAAUCAGGCUUAUUUCAAUUUUAUUAAAUCAAAUUUAGGAAUAGGUAUAUAUAUUUUUUAUUAUUUCCUAAGGUGUCAUUGUACUUCCUUUUGUCACUUAUUAAGUAGGCUUGCUAUGGUCUGUUGUUCUAUUCAUUCCUAUAGCCUUCAGUUGUUUAAAGUAAAUUUAUUUGCUAAAAGUACGAUAGAUCCAGUCAUUUUCUCAUUGAAAUAGCAGAUGAUAUGAAUAUAGAAAAUAUUCUCUAUGCUAAUAUAAUAAAAUAGACUUUGGGAUAUAUUUGGGCUCAAAUUCUAGAUAUCGCCAUAAUAUUACAAUUAAUAGGACUUUGCAUUGCAUAUUUGAUAUUUCUUACAGAAUCUUUAGCUUAGUCUUUGCAUCAAAUAAACAUUGAAAUGACUAAAUUAUAAUGUCUGUUGAUUACAUUAGUAAUAGUGAUUCCCUUAACAUUUGUAAGAAAAAUUCAUUUUUUCCAUUCCACCAGUAAAUAUGGCUUUUAUUGUGCUUUGGCUUCAUUCUGCAUUAUUUUAUAUGAUUGUCAAGAUAGAGUUUCAGUAGGAAAUUUUCAUUUUUCAAAUUUAAUCCACUUCAAAAGUAAUUACAAAAAAUAUAUUAUAUAGAUACAUUCAAUUAUGUAGGAGUAGCUAUUCUAUGUUGUGAGGGGGUUUUCACAGUUUUACCAAUUAGAGACAGCAUGAAGAAUAAAUUUGAAUUUAAAUCUGUUGCCUCAUAGAGUUUAUUGACUGCCUUUGGAAUUUCAAUUUUUUUAUCAUUGAUUAGUUCUUCUACUUAUUAAGGAAAUACACAAUCAAUUGUUUUAUUUAGUAUAGAAGUAUUUUAUCAAUUAAAAAAUAGAAUCCUAUUUUAGAAGUGAUUUCAUUGAUUUUAUACUCUAUUAGUUUAUUAUUAACCUUUCCACUUUAACUUUUCCCAGCUGUUUAAAUAAUUGAAUAAAUGUUUUAAAAGAAUAUGAUAGAAUUUAUCAAUUUCAAUGAUAUAGAAGAAAAUUCUAAUUAAGAAUCUCCUAUCUCGAAAAAUAUUGCAUCUACAAAUGAUAAGAUUGAUGAUAUUGAAGUUGAUAAAGAUGAUUAAGUUUUCGAAGAUAGACUUUUAUAAAUCAUUAUAAGAAGUCUGUUGAUGAUUACUAUUUAUUUUAUAGCCUAUUAAAUACCACAUUUAUCGCAUUUUUUGAAUUUAAUUGGAAGCAUUUUUGGAUCCCUAUUACAAGUAUGUAUUUAAUAAAUAUUAAUUAGUUUUGUUUUCCUGUUCUUGUUCACAUUAUUUAUUUCAAAAAUUCUAAGUCAAAUAGACCUGUUAUUCAAUAUGCAAUCAUCUUGAUUGUUUCAAUGCUAGCAAUUGUCUUAGGAACAGCAGAAUCCUUAAAGCAUCUAGUUUGAAAAAGCAAU